CUAGCCAUGACUGAAUACUUCGACUUUUUCUUCUCUUCCUUCAAUAAAUGACUUCAUCGUCUUUUCUUUCUCUCAAUUAAAAUCUUCUUUUUCCUUGUUUUCGCGUCAAACUCUAAAUCCAAUAUCGCGUCAGGCGCGUCGACGCGUCAGGUUCGCGUUGCUUAUGUAAGAAGUAUAUUUCUAUGUGUCUUAUGUAAUAUUUUCAUUACGUCAUCAUCAACUCUUGGUCUCGAAGAAGAAUCAAAACAUUGAAAGACAGACAUUGAAGGCAUUGGAUAUUGCAAUUGAACAAGAGAAGACGAAGAUGAUGCGAUGACUCUGAGGUGAGAUCGAGUUUGUCAGCAUCGUUUUAGAUACGAGAUGGACCACCCCGGCAACACGCACCAUUGGACGGCCCCGGCACUUAGACUCUCCUGCUAGCUAUCCAUGUGGACUCCAUCGACUGGCGCGGAGAAUAUAUCAGAGCUGUAUAUAAAAGGGCGUACGACCCUCCUCGAGCCGGAGUUGGGAAUCCUCGACGUCGCACAGCUCCAUCUCCCGCGCUUACACAGAGACACACCGUCCAACACAUCCAACAAACACCACCGUCAUGCAGCACCAGAACCAGGUCCACGAUCCGAGCCAGCUCAAGCUCAUUGGAGCCUACACCCGCUACUCCAGCUGGACUGCUCGUGUAGCUGUGCUGCUCGAUUACUACCGCAUCCCGCACGAGUCCGUCCUGCUUUCUCUCCCAGAGUCCACCAAACUAUCGAAAUCCGGCCUGGUGCCCGCGCUAGAAGUGCCCUCUCUGGGACCCCAGUUCCAAAUAAACGACUCCCUCGCCAUAUGCGAAUACCUCGCCGAAGCAUACCCCGACCUGCCCCUCUGGCCCAAGGACGCUGCGUUGCGCACCCAGGCCCGCGCUGCAGUUGCACAGAUGCACUCUGGCCUCUGCACCGUGCUACGUGCUUCUUACCCCACCAAUGCUCUGGCAAAGUACACCGGCGCCAUACCUCUGUAUGACGGCGCGGCCAGAGAGGUGGGGAACUGUCUGAAGCUCUGGGGGGAGAGCAGACGGCUCACGCGCGCCAGGCUUGCCGAGCUCGGCCAGGAGGACAGCGACGAGGGCUUCUUGUUUGGGCAGUUCGGCAUUGCGGAUGCCUUCUUCUGGCCGGUCUUAUGGCGUUUCCGAUCUUAUAAUCUGCCUCUCACCGGUGCUACCCCAGAAGCUCUCGAGUGGAUGAAACGUAUGUGGUCCCAUCCCAAGAUCAAGGAGAUUGUCCAUGGAUACUACCUGCAAAAGGAUCGUUCUGAGACUACCAUCUCGCACUACGAUGAUAUCUUCAAGGGUAACCCUGACAUCCAGUUUGGUUGGUUCCCCGAGGACUGGGAGUUCUCUGCGUAGUCUUACCCCCUUUUAGUAAAAAGUGUCAGAGUUGAACGCUUGAUCACUAUGUAGAUAUAUAUAUUCGGCUAGACUCAAGUUAACCAGUGUUAUAUGUCAAUCUAAAAUUAGGUGUAGUCUUCAUAGAAGCGCUUCGUUGAUAUAUGACAUGAUAACCCAAUGGCCAAAACGGGCAGUGCAUCAAAGAACUAUAUUGCAUAGAGGCAUGCUAGCUCACAGUAGUGAUACACUUUUUGAAUAGAGAAGAUAUACAACCGAAAAAAAGUCCAACUCAGUGAGAGGAGGUAAAUCCCAGCAGCAGAAAUCAAACUUUUUGGUUGAUGCUUUUUUGUCCCAAUUAAUCCAGCCCAUCAAACACUUUGAUAGCAUCUCUCGCCGUGUCUCUUGCACUAGCAGUUCGCCCCCGUAACAAUCCGUCCGUCAACUUUCUCAAAGUUGUCAAAUGCACUGGGAGGAGCUUCGUAGUGAGCUCCCGUCGGCCCCAGACAGUCCUCAAUCGUAUGC